AUGGGAGAUUUGUCCGUCCCACUUAUUCCAGCCCAAAAAGAAACUCUUUGGCAAGCCGAAAUGGCCAUUGUGAAGCUAGCUGGGCCGUCGAUUCUUUCAUUUAUCCUUCAGUUUCUGGUCGAAAUUAUCAAUAUGUUUUUUAUUGGCAAUAUUGAUAUAGAACGUCUUGAUGGAAUCGGCCUUGGCAACAUGUGGGGAAAUUUUAUCGGAGUCGCUGUGGGUUGGGGUCUAGCAGGAGGCCUUGAUACUUUAUGCUCCCAAGCGAACGGUAACAAGCAAUAUGAAAUGGUCGGCAUAUGGCUGCAAAGAGGAGUAGUUGUGCUGACAGUUGCUUUUAUUCCAAUUACAGUUGCAAUCCUCUAUACAGCUGAAGUUCUUAUGCUUAUGGGAGUUGAAGAAAAAAUUGCUGAAUACAGCUAUAAUUAUUUAUCAUGUGUUUUACCUGGGCUUUGGUUCUUCUUAUGCUUUGAUUUCUUCCGAAGAUAUUUGCAAGCUCAAGAGUACUUUUGGCCUGGCCUGGUCGUAAAUGGAAUCACAACAACCUUACAUGUAUUUUGGUGCUGGCUGUUUAUUAUAGAAUGUGACUGGCUAGAAAAAGGUGCAGGAAUUGCGACAUCAGUGACUUACAUUUCAAACUUUGUGGUUAUGGUCGCAUUGAUUAAAUAUUUUAAACUUGAACAAAAAACAUGCAAAUCCUGCAACUUCCAAAACUUCUGGCAUGACAUCAGAAAAUUCUUAAGAUAUGCAUUGCCUUCAGCAGGAAUGCUCCUCCUUGAUCAGCUUAACUUUGAAAUUACACAAGUUGAAGCAAGCCAUUUAGGGGUUAAAACUCAAGCUGCACAUGUUGCAGUUGCUAACACAGUUACUACUUUAUACAUGAUUCCUCUAGGGCUUGGUAUUUCAAUCACUUCAAUUGUAGGUAACUUCGUAGGUGAAGGAAACUCAGCAAAGGCAAAAUUGUACUCAUGGGCAGCCUUAAUGCUCUUUUUCCUUACAAACUUUCCGUUAGAAGUCUUAGUUCUUACCUUUAGGGAGCCUUUAAGUCAGCUUUACACUUAUGACACUGAAGUCUCAGAAAUUAUCGCAAAACUCUUUAUCCCAGUGAUGCUCUUUAAUGCUAUUGACUUUUUCCAAGUCGUCCUAUGUGGUGUCCUUAAGGGAAUUGCUAGACAAAGUAUCGCGUUUAUUAUGAUUUUAAUAUCAUAUUACGUUUUUGCAAUCCCUGGAGGGUAUCUGAUGGCUUUCCACGCUGAUUUCGAUAUUUACGGGAUUUGGUAUGGAUUAGUGAUUGGGGCUACAAUGGCUACAAUUACUUUAAGCUAUCUAGCAUGGAAAUCAAGAUGGGCAGCAGUGACCUUAGAAAAGAGUAUGGAUUAA